AUGAAGCCGAACGCCAUCAACUCCGCUGUAGGCGCCCUAAAGCUGGUGCCUAUGUUCCUUAAUCACCCAACAGUGAUCAGCCGCGCCACUCUGAUUGGCGCUUCAUCGGAAGCCGUCGAGCUACUGGAAGCGCUGCCUUGCGUGUCGGUCGAGCUGGCCGAAGUCUUCCGCUGCGUAGACGCCGUGAUCUCCGAGGGCCAAAUCGCCUACGUAACCCCGGUCAAGUGCCCGGAAUACCCUAUGGCGCCGUUGUCGCGGAUGCCAAGGGCAACGUUCUGGCCGCUGCCAAGGGCAAGAGCAAGAAGCGAACUCCAACGCAGGCGUCUUGCGCCAACCAACCGGCACGCACUCGAAGUCGCGGCCGGCGUGGUCCGACAACAAGAAGGACGUUACCAGGUCACCGUCAACCUACAGCUCGCCUACAAGGUGCCAACCAAACGUGGCAGCCGCAGCGAAGGCACCACCCCUCGACACGCCGUGCAUGUCGACGGUGACGCCAUGGCUUGCACGGUGUACUUCAACCCGGUGAUGCUGCGAGAACCCUGGGCACGACGACUACACCGCGACACUGGGCCUGAAAAAGACUGCAGCGUUCCUCGCGCGAAAAGUGCGGCACAACGCCAGCACGCCCAGAAGGAUCUCAGCGACUGGAUCGAGGACUGGGCCUCGAACCUCAAAGCCCUGGACGCUCGACAUGACAAAGCAAAUCGACCAGCG